AUGCGGUUAGUAGAGGAUCCUGCGACGGUGUCGCACGGUCCGUACCAUCGGCGGCUUAUAAAGAUGUUCGCGAAGAAGCCCCUGGCGCCGCCCAAGCUCCUGCCUGUCAAUCCGCUCUCAUUCGCGCUCAUCCCCCUCCUCUCCCCGUUCCACCCUUCCGUCCGCCUGUCCGCGCCCACCCGGGCCGCCACAGCCAUCGUGGCGUGCAUGAACGUGUCGUGCCCGCAGGACGCGGCAUGCGCCGAGGACAGCAGCAACUUCCCCUUCUGUAAGUGCAACGGGACCCUCACGCUGAUCAACGGCGCGUAUGUGCCAGGUGAGAUCAACGGCUCGUGUGUGCCAGCCAUGGACGGGCAGGUGGUGGCGACGAGCGUGCUAUUAUUCGCUACCGCCAAGUACGUCCCAGCGUCACCCGUCGUGCUGCGCGGUGCCAUCCCUAACCGCACGUGCGUGAACCUGCCCGCGCCACGUGCGCCGUACCCUGCCCUCCUCCUCCUCUCCUCUGCUCGCCCGUGUGUCCACCGUACCCCCCCCACCAGGGUGGCAGCGGGUGUGGUGGCGAAAGCGUUGUCCAUGUCGUGCCUCACCGCCACCGCCCCCAAAGGUACUGUCAUAGCACGGGCAGCACGUGCUAGUAGCACGGGCAGCACGUGCUGUGGUAGCACGGGCAGCACGUGCUGUGGUAGCACGGGCAGCACGGGUGCUGGCAGUGGGGCGUGUGAGACUGCGUGUCCGGCCAACUCGGUGUGUGUGGGGGAGAGCACUGGCGCCACGUGUAACUGCGUGGUUGGCUACACCAAGGUCCUUCUCUUGUUCUCAUUCGCCCCGUUGCUCGUCUCUUUUUCACCUUUGCCUUCAUGCUCCUUCCACUCCCUCUCCCGCCACCCGUUUCCCCACCCCCCUUGCCCACCCCCCCACACCACACCAGUGGUGGACAUGUGUAAGAACGUCUCCUGCCCUGCCAAAUGGAACUGCUCCUCUUCCGCUAGCAUUGCCAAGUGCUCCUGCCCAGACGCAUGCUACGGGGUCAAGUAUCCGGACGUGUCCACGUGUGCGGUGCAGUUCGGUACAGCGGUGUGCCAAUGCCCCAUGCCCUACACGCGCCUCAUUAACAACGCGUGCUUGUCGGCCGACCUCCCCCACUCCGACUACCUCGAUAUGCGCAACCACGCCCGCGCUGCCGUGGGAGCUGUGCCACUCGAGUGGGACAACACAUCGCUGACCAACGCCAGCAACAAGUGCUACGUCGUGCACCGCGGGCAUGACAACGAGGGGCAGAAUCUUGUUGUCACCGCCCCCUCAGGGUGGGCAUUGAAUGCAAGGGGAGUGCACUUCUGGGUGGACGAGGGGCAGUGGUACUCCGUAGAUGUCUUUCCCAACAGCUGUGAGGGCGGGUGGGAAAAGUGUGGGCAUUACACGCAGCUGGUGUGGAACGACACGCGCAAGGUGGGGUGUGCCAAGGCAUCGUGCGCGCCCAGUGCAGCCGUGUGGGGGGGAGGCUCCACUGCCGACGUGUGGGCGUGCCACUACUACCCGCCCGGCAACGGGUUCGGCCAUCUGCCUUUCGUGCAAGACCCGUUCUACCGAGUGCAGUGUCUGUCCACGGCCACAUGCACGGUGGUGGACAAGAAGCCCCUCUGCGUGUGUGCUGCAGGCCAGGCACUCGUCAACAACUACAAGUGCCUUUCAAGUGCGCAAACACCCCUUCCCGUCCCUUUCCCGCCACCCCCCUUGCCCAUUCACCCCCCACACCAGAGGUGGACAUGUGUAAGAUCGUCAGCUGCCCAUCCAACUGCAACUGCUCAUCUUCCACUGGCAUUGCCAAGUGCUCCUGCCCAGGUGAUUGCAACAGUGCCAAGUGCUCCUGCUCAGGUGAUUGCUGUAGAGCCAAGUGUUCUUGAUCAGGUGCUUGCAACAAAGAUGCACGCAUGCUACGGGGUCAAGUGUCCGGACGUAUCCACGUGUGUGGUGCAGUUCGGUACAGCGGUGUGCAAGUGCCCUGCACCAUUUUCACGUCUCAUCGACAACGUGUGCUCCUCGGCCGACCUCGCCCACUCCGACUACCUCGACGUUCACAACAACGCCCGUGCUGCUGUGGGGGCCGUGCCACUCGUGUGGGAUGACGCAGUGGCGGAGCACGCGCAGGCAUGGGCGACAGCGCUGACCAACACGUCGUAA